CACAGUAGUUGCUUCAUCGCCAUCGCCAAUCUCGCUCUCCCUUAUUUUGCAUAAAAAAUAAACAAAAAGCUCUGCUCAAACUAUGUUUUCACAAUAAAAUCCAACACAUUUGCGGAAAAACGAAAAAGAACCCCGAAAUAAUCGUGAAAUACAAGCUAUUGCGCAUUUUAAGGAAGCAAAGCAAACAACAACACGAGCAACAAAAACAACGGGAACAGCAUAGCAAAAGUUCACAACCGCUGAGUCCGGAGAGCUGGCGUUGGCGAUGGCCACGGCUCCGCGAUCCCUGGACACCAUCUCCCUCUGCUCGACCGUCUCCAGCUGCCCGGAUCGGAAUGGCUUCUAUGGCGGCUUCCAGCGCACAGAUAAGCCCAAGGAGCCGCUCUCCAAGGCGCAGAUCAUCGCCAGGGAGAAGAAAUGGCUCUACAUGAUCGACAACUGGUCCAUUUACAUGUCCAAAAACUACAAAAAGAUCCGAGAUCGUUGUCGCAAGGGUAUUCCCAAGUCGGUGCGACCCAAGGCCUGGUUCUAUUUAUCGGGGGCGUAUCUUCUAAAGAAAAAGAACCCCAACGUAUACCACGAGCUUCUCGAAAAGCCCGGCAACCCAACGACCAUCGAGGAGAUCAAGAAGGACAAACAUCGCCAGUUUCCGUUCCACGAAAUGUUUCUCGACGAGCAGAAAGUCGGUCAGAUCGAACUCUUUAAUGUGCUAAAGGCCUACUCGAUAUACAAUCCCAAGGUGGGCUUCUGCCAGGCGCAGGCACCAAUAGCCGCAUUCCUAUUGAUGCACCUGCCCGCGGAGGACGCCUUUUGGGUCUUUGUCAGCGUUUGCGAUGUCUACCUGCAGGACUACUUUAUACCCGGCUUGGAGGUGAUCCAGAACGAUGCUGGCAUCCUGGAGGGCCUGCUGAAGAAGACGUGCCCACCCGUCUACCGGCACCUACAAAAGCACAAAGUGGAGCCGCUGCUCUACAUGACCGAUUGGUUCCUGUGUGCGAUGACGCGCACUUUGCCUUGGGAGACUUUGCUGCGCGUGUGGGAUUGUUUCCUGGCCGAGGGCAUCCGGGUGAUGUUCAAGGUGGCCCUGGUCAUCAUUGGUGCUUCGCUCAGCCGGCACAAGGUGAGGAAGACGUGCACUGGGCUCUGCGAGACGCUGGCCGUUCUCCGGUCCCCCGAGGAUCACAUUGUGGAGGAGGAGUUUAUUAUCAACAACAUGAUGCGGCUGAACCUGCGCGUCGAGGACUUCCAGAUCGAGCACACACGCCAGAAAGCUCGCCGGGCCAAGCAGAAGGCGCAGCAGGAGGCGGAAUCCAGCGGCUCUGGCAACGGACAUCGACGCAACAUGCCGACGCUGUGAAAAAUGGCAACUACUACUACUUCAACAAAUUGUUACUAAACACACACAAAAAACAACACAGCAUAGUUGCAUAAGAUUUGUACGUUUAAAGUCGAAUAGAAGACAGGUCGUGCACAAAGUGGAUUGGAGACGAGUGACCGCGAACUGGUUCAGUCGGUUGGCCAGUCAAUUACGGAGACAUCAUUCCAUGCAAUCAGUUUGCCUAAUUUUAAGACAAUUCUUUUGUUGAGCACAUUCGGACUGGACUUGUAUCGGUAUUUGUUUUCGUAUUAUUCAUUUAGUGGCAAUUAUUACGAGCGUGCAAUUUGUUUAUGCUUUUCAAAAGUAUUUAUUACAUAUUUAUUAUUAUCGCGUAACAUUAAACACUUUAGCGUUAGCGAUGAGUUGAGGACCCCGAACAUAUCCUAUGAUUAUCAUCACCAUCCCAAGGCAGCUAACACAAGGACUGGAGAAUUAUAUAGUUUUGAAUUUUUAUCCGUAUUCACUCCGAGACGAAAAUGUUGAUAUUUACCUACUAUAAUGCGUUACGAACGACUUCUGUUGUGCCCCGAGCGUGAAAAGUUUGGAGGAGACCUGUUUUGUGACGGGUUUUGUGGCAAAAUUAAUAUUAACUUUAAUACUAAUAAAACAAAUUAUACCGAACUAUUAACAAA